UUGGGUUCGGGCUGCGUCGUUGGGGCAGUUCACACGAGCAUCCCGACCGACCAAGACUCAAGCUGCACCAAGUGCACGACGCGACCGGCCUCGACCACCGCACCUUCAUGUCAUGGCGAUUCUGCAGACAUGCUGCUGUUGGCACUCGGUGAGGAAGGGCAGCUAUGCAAGUGCAAUAUACACCAUGUUGUACUUCUCGCUGACUUCUGUAACCCUCUACAUGAUCCUGGAGGGAGAGGACUGGGGACAAAGCACAAGUUCAAGUCAGGCGCACGAAGCUGUGGAAGGUUCCCUUCUCUUGGCAACAAUAGCGCCCACAAAGAGCAUGAAAGGAAAUGUUAGCAGCUUUUUGGAACCACAGGGAAUAUCACAAGUUACGUUGUGGAUUGCGGUUGCAGUGCUUACUUGUGCCUUCUCCGGCAUCCUCUCGUCCAUUUUGCUAUUAAUCGGACUUUACACAGACAGAAGAAGCUUACUUGUACCUUGGGUUUUCACUGUGAUGGGUACCAGCUCGAUGGAUUUGUGCCACACUUUUUAUCUUCUUAUAUUUGAAAAGCUGGAGUUCAACCCGUUGACUGGCAUUGUGCUGACACUGGAUUUCUUCCUGCUCAGUCUGAACGUUUAUUGUCUGCUGUGUGUGAUCUCGCAAUAUCAAGAGUACAAGGCGGGUCGAGGCACUGCAUACCAUCAACAACAACUGGGAUCCGUGCGCUACGUGGCUCAACCAAGCGCGACGACGUUCGUUCCCGCAAUCAAAAAGUCAGCCAUCAAAACAGACUCGCUGCAGGCACCCUCACUGAUGGAACUCAGGGCGUCACCCAGCGUCAGUCCGACGGUGCCACUUGCGCCGGCAAUUCAAAGCAAUGGUAUCCAGUCUGGUGUUCCGCAUAGAGUGCGGUCUGUGAAGCGUGUCCAAUUCCCUGACGCUUCAGAUGUGUCAUCGACCUAAUUUCAACCAUCCGUGUGUUAUACCAUUUACUACUACAUGGAGAUGUGUGCACACAUAUUUGCGAUACCUUGGCACUAAUUCGUCGUCUUCCUGAUGUUGUCCAUCAAAUCCCUCCCAAUGUUAACGAUUUGUUUCGAGAAAGUGACCUGUUAGGGAUAUGAAACAUAUAUCAAUACACAAUUUGUUAAUAUAACAAAAUUGAUCUCAUAAUAUUAAAGCUUCUUAUCAAAUCAAUUCAAAUGUGUUCCCAUGAUAGAAAAUCGUUUUAUUUCAAGGCAAGUGCAAGAUAUAGCAUUAGAUUUGUUUCCUUCUGCGCACAGCCGCACACUAGGCUGUUAACCUAUUGUUUAGACGGUUUUGAGAGCAGCCAUCAGAGGUGCCCGCAACUUUGCCUCUUCAGCCAACUGGAGCCUGGAGUAGCUACUAGCUAGAAAAUCGGAAAAUAUGUGCGCUGUUUGCCUCUGUCACUGCGAGUGGAGGGGGUACGAGAGCGUGCUCUUUCGCCCACUCGCUCUCCCCCUCCACUGCCCCGUCGUUAGCGAAUAUUUCUCUUGCGCCUGCCUUCGUUUUAUUCAAUUGAGUUAACUUUUUUCGCAUCCAAAACGCGCAAUAAAACGAAAGAAGUAUAUUUAAAAAAUAAAAUUUAUAAUUUCAUGCUGUUUUGCCUUAGCAAAAGCUAUGUUAGACGAUGUUCACAAUGUUGCACAUUUCCGUAUUAUAUUUUGAUAGUUAGAAAUAAAAUGCCUGCUGCACAUUCCUUCCUUAUGUGUAAAUUCCCUCAUUUGUCAUAAAUUUGCAUUCAGUUGUACCUAUUCUCUGGAACACUUUUGUAAAGAACUACUAACAAGUUAAGACAACAUCCCAAUGCAAUUUCAUAAACUCAGAUUACGAUCCAAAUAGCUUCUCAAGAAGAGAGCAGAUUUUAUACAUAUAUUAAUCAUAUAUUAAUUUAGAAAAAUAUACUUGAACCUAGAUGUUUAUUAGCUUCACAAUAAAGAACUCUGUCGUGAUCGACAUCAUUUAAUACUAACCAACAGAAUUUGAUACUUCGCGAAUACUUUAAUAUUUAAAUCAUCUCAAUAAUAAAAUCUGUACGAAUUUCUUGGAUUCGUCACCAAGCGUAAUGAGCGUUUUUUCGGUUUUUCCAUGUGCAUUUGCUUUUCCUUGCAUUCCAAAAUAAGAUCCACGAUGAAUCGCAAAAAAAAAUGGAAAUCAUAAUCUGUACCCUAAAAUGCUGUAAAUUCCGCUAGAAAACAACAAUUAUUUUUAUUAUAUAUUUAUGAUUUCUAUAUCAUAUUUUGAGAUCAGUAGCAUCCGUAUAUUUGGAAAAAUAAUUGUUCAAUGUUGAAAACUCAAAUUUGAUUAUGCAGGUAGAUACAAUUUAAAUCCAAGUGUUAAUAUUUUGAUCUUUUGUAAAAACUCAAGCAAUGCUGGGAAUUGAAAGAUAAAUAUUCUCAUAAUUAACACUCGACAUAGGUUGUACACAAAAUGCAUAAAAUCUGCCACGGUUAUAUUUUUAUGUAAUAUGAGCAUAUUUUACUCGUGUACUUUUACAAUGUGAUAAUAAACAAAUAUUUGUAAUUUGAAA